CCAUCAUUUGCUUAUAUAGCUCGCUUUACUCUUUCAAAGUAUCUCUUUCUCUCUCUUUUCUUUUUCUCUAUCUGCCUGCCAUGGCUGUCUCUUUUUGUUUUAGAUCAGCUCUUCUUCUUCUAUUACUUCUCCUAGUUCAUACCGAGUCACGCGGUCGGUUCGAGCCAAAGAUCCUUAUGCCGUCAGAGAACGCCAAACAGGCGGCUGAGCAAGAAGAAGACACUAUUGGUACGAGAUGGGCGGUUCUCGUUGCCGGUUCUUCCGGUUAUGGGAACUACAGGCACCAGGCCGACGUGUGUCACGCAUAUCAAAUACUGAGAAAGGGAGGUUUAAAGGAAGAGAACAUUGUUGUUAUGAUGUAUGACGAUAUCGCAAACCAUCCACUCAAUCCUCGUCCCGGUACUCUCAUCAACCAUCCCGACGGCGAAGACGUUUACGCUGGUGUCCCUAAGGACUAUACGGGUCAUGAAGUUACAGCCGCUAAUUUCUACGCGGUGCUUCUAGGCGACAAGACGGCUGUAAAAGGUGGAAGUGGUAAGGUCAUCGAUAGUAAGCCCAACGAUCACAUCUUCGUAUAUUACUCCGAUCAUGGUGGUCCCGGAGUUCUUGGGAUGCCAAAGCUGCCUUACAUUUAUGCUGCUGAUUUUAUUGAAACACUUCAGAAGAAGCAUGCUGCCGGAACAUACAAAGAGAUGGUUGUAUACGUAGAAGCAUGCGAAAGUGGGAGUAUAUUCGAGGGGAUAAUGCCAAAGGAUUUGAACAUUUACGUAACAACGGCUUCAAAUUCACAAGAGAGUAGUUAUGGAACAUAUUGUCCUGGCAUGAAUCCUUCUCCUCCAUCCGAAUACCUCACUUGCUUGGGAGAUUUAUAUAGCGUUGCUUGGAUGGAAGACAGCGAGACCCAUAAUUUAAAGAGAGAGACCGUAAAGCAACAAUACCAAACGGUGAAGAUGCGGACGUCAAACUAUAAUACUUAUUCCACUGGCUCCCAUGUGAUGGAAUACGGUAACAACAGUAUCAAGUCGGAGAGGCUUUAUCUGUACCAAGGAUUCGAUCCUGCCACCGAUGAGAUAUUGAAGGAAUUAACCGACCAAACGAGGCAUAGGAAACAUUUAGACGCAAGUGUCGAAUUGAUAAACACGAUUCUGUUUGGUCCCACGACGAAUGUUCUUAACUCGGUUAGAGAACCUGGUUUGCCUUUGGUUGACGAUUGGGAAUGUCUUAAAUCAAUGGUACGCAUAUUUGAAACGCAUUGUGGAUCACUAACGCAAUACGGGAUGAAACAUAUGCGAGCGUUUGCAAACGUUUGUAACAACGGUGUCUCGAAGGAGCUGAUGGAGAAAGCUUCCGCUGCGGCGUGUGGUGGUUAUGAGGCUCGCUUCAUGUCGCACCCGUCUAUAGUGGGCUAUAGCGCCUGAUUCUGAAGGUUGUCAUGAUCUUUAAGUGUUUUCAAGUUCUACUGUUAGGAUGAUCUAUCUCAAAAUAAAAUAAAUGCUCUUCUUUGCUAGGUUAGUUGUAUGUAAAUACGUGCGUAUCAAUAAGGUGUUACUUCCUCGGUUUUUUUUUUGGGAUCUUGUAGUUUAUUUCCUAAAUAAUGUGAUAAUCUCAGCUAUAUUAAAUUACGUUGAAAAGGCCGAGGACAACAUUCUAUAGUCUAUGGACACCAAAGAUGGAUGUGUAACAUGUGUUCAUAAUUGAUUUGCUAAGUUUUUUAUAUGUUAAGUUUUAUGACUUCUAA